UCAGUGGUAUAUUUUGUUUUAAUUCAAUUUUCCUCCUUUAUUUUCUUUCAAUUUCGUUUUUUCUUUCUCUCUCCCACUCAAUAUUGUAUUCCUUUGGAAAAGUAGGAAAAUUACCCAGAAAAUUUUCUUCAUCCAACUUCACUUCUGACAGUUCAUCUCUUAUCACCGUUGUGGAAAGUUUCAACUCGGAACGAAAGUCUACAUCGCUGGACGUUGUGCGUCGUGUCCCCCCAAGAAAAAAGUGAAAAAAAUAGAAAAUCUCUCUUCGUGCGAAAAACCGUCCUGUUGAUCAUCCACCCCCAAGUGUUUCAGUUACAAUUUCAGUGUAAAAAAGUCCCUCAAUGUCCCAGAAGUUAAAGCUUGAAUCUUACAACUAAAUUAUCCUCUCUGACCAGAAUCGAAAACAAUACCAAUAAGAAACCAAUUUCCCAUUGUGAAUAUAAUAUACACCUCUACGCAAUAAUGAAUCACCACAGAAUCGUUAUGAGUAAAUUACUCCAAAGAACUUGCUUAUCUUUAAACUACACCGCCGAGGUUCAUACAAAUCAAAUCUCGGCUAAACGAUGGCAUUUGUCUAAGCAAAAACCCACUGUAGUGAGGAAUUCGGAUUCUAUGACGACAGCUCUCAAUGAAUGGCAUGCUUCUAAGAGAUUCUAUUCGAAAUUCUCAUCCAAACAACAUCCAACUACAUCUUUGGGAGCAGCACCUCCUCUAUGCGAGGAGAAGGCCUACGAACUUGUGUUGGCUUUGAAAGAUGCCGAACGUUCAUCGCUUAAAAUAGCUUUGGACAAGUACGAUGCCUUGAAACUCAAGGAAGGCUUCGAGGGUCACAAUCAAUUUCUUUGGGUAAAAAUAAGAAAUUAUAUUUUGAGAAUAGGUGAACUGGCAGCAACACAAUGGCGAACAAAAUUUGGACGAUUAUCGAGAGUACCACCGCCACUAACGAAUGUACAUCCAACAGGUUCAUUUUGUACAUUUCCUGAGGAUUGGUUAAAAAGAAAAGCUGCGGAAAAAGCCCAACCUCCAUCGUCUUCAGAUUUAUACAAAAUUUUCUUCGUUAAUGCCGUCCCGUUCGUUGUAUUUGGAUUUUUGGAUAAUUUCUGCAUGAUAAUGGCGGGUGAUUACAUCGAACAAAUUUGCGGUGCCUUCAUGUGCAUAUCCACAAUGGCUGCUGCUGGUCUUGGUAACACUAUCAGUGAUAUUCUUGGUAUUGGCACAGCUUUCUAUGUUGAAAGAUUUUGUGCAUUUUUGGGUCUUCGGCCGCCUGAUCUAAUACCAAUUCAAAUGGAAAUGAAAGAAAGUCGACGGGCUGCUAAUUUGGGAAGAAUACUCGGCAUAACCAUGGGUUGCUUACUUGGAAUGUUCCCGCUUUUAUUUUUUAACAAUGAAAAAGUCGAAGAAUCAGAUCCAUCAGCAACAACAACAAAAACAACAAAUCCGGCAGCUACUGUAAUUUAACCAGGUCAUUAAACGACCGGACCCUUGAAUAACUUAACAAUUUUGAUAUUUAUUUUAUAUCAAUUCGUGCUAUUUUUAUGUUUUUUUUUUGUAUUUUAUUUUGUAUAAACGAAAAAAUAAUUAUUAUCAUAGUCCUUUAGUUUAAAGACGAAAAACAGAAAUAGUUUGUGUUCAUCAGCAAUAGUAUAGCAAUAAUAUAGCUCAAGAAAAUAAGAGUAGCUACAUACUCGUAGUAUUUAAAUUAAAAUCGAAUGCGAACAAAUAAAUAUUUACCUCUUGAUGUGUUUUGCUUUCUUAAAAAAAGAAA